UAUUGUAAAAAUAUCCUGCAUCGUUGUACCCUGCAGAACUGGAAUAAAGAGCUUAGUCACCAUACCAUGCUUCAGACUUGGAAGGCCCCCCCACAUGAACACUUCAAGCAGGUGUAAGUGUUUCAUGAAACAUGUUUGCGAUUUUUUGCAUAAUUAUCUUUUUUUUACUGUUAGUCUUGCAGUUGUUAGAGACCCCCAUGAGGGUUAUUUUCUGUCUGGCUUUGGUGCUGUUGCCGCACACACCCUGUACAUCAUAGUUUUGCAUCAGCUUGGAAUUUCGUAUCUCAUGGAAAACAGCUCGCGUAAGAAGGUGAAUACUAGCGGGUAAACAUUACUUGAGUUUUACCAGGCGCUGGUUUUACAAUAGAAGAACGUACCUGAGUUUGAAACUCAAGUGAAACAAACAGACCUGUAUUCCGUUCCGCGACGUCGCUAACUGGAUCGUCUCCUCUAAUCCUGUUUAUGAAAUAGUAGAUUCCAGUAGACAGCUCACGCAGGUAGCCGUCUUUCUUUGCAUGGUAGCACUGCUUGCAGAAAAUGGGACGCUCCAGCAGGCGCACGCUAUGUUACACAUCGAUAAAAUCGUGGCGCCAUUCAGAAUUACUUUCGUGGCCCACAUCGUCCACAAGUCAUCGCGCUUUAUUUUCGCGCAGUUUCGCGGAUAUUACUUGAUGUUUUUUCCUUUUUCUUCAAUUCCUGCUUUCGUUGUAUUGCACACAACGAAACGCAGCCCAUCGAAGAGCGCAGAACAUCGUCUGCUCGUCACAUGAUCGUCUGCUAGUAAAACUGCGUACGGAUUGGCUGCCUUUUGCUGGGGCGAUUCUUUCUUUAUUAUUUUCGGAUUAUUUUAUAUUUUUAUUGAACUCCAUGAAACGGAGCACACGAAUCCGAGUAAAAUAACGUCCUUUCCUUUCUUUUUUUUUUUCUUGUGUCUCUGAAAGUGUGUGUGUCUGCUUUCGUAAGUCGUUUCCCGCGAGGCACUUCGAUAGGUUUCACAAAUUAUAUAGCCGCAGGUACUGAAUCGCGAACGAACACGUCGAUCUCGAUGUUCCGCGAAAAUAAGUGUGGGGUCAGCUGUGUCAAUGAGCGAAUGGCGCGCGAGAGAGAUCUAUCGAUCGAAGACGUGCGCUUCACCGUCGGAUCCGCGUCUGCGCUGCCUCAGUCGGCCGUACAGCCAUGGUAGUCGCGGACCACAGGACCAAGACACGUCAUACGUGCUUUCAAGCUACUGGCCAACUGCGGCCCGUAAAACCAUCGGAAACGCGGCAUGACGUCGUCCUUUUGACUGAGAGGUCAGUGUGAGAAGACAUUUUUUCUACAGUCGUACUGCUUGUAUGACAUAUUCCGUUAUUGGAGGGGGAAGAGGAGGUGUGGGAAGUGUGAAAUGUGUCAGCCACCUGUGGUUCGUUUUCAAUAACCUACAGGUGGGUAGGCUCGUGGCGCCCCUGUUUCGAAUUUAUGCGGUUGUUAGCAGCUUGAGUGGUUGGUGUUGCAAGAGGCUGGGGAGCAUUUUUCUAAAAGGAUAUCCUCCCUGAAAGCACAAAGAAUAAGCCUGUCUCGGCUAAUUCUCGUUGUUUACCUAAAAUUUGUUGUUUAUUUACAUGGAUGAUAGUAAAGUGAGCACGAUGCGAGACAAAGUACGAAAAGUAAAAGUAAUUCUUAGAAGAAAUUUCUGCAGUGGAGCUUGGGGCAACGGAUCCUCUUCCCACACCUUUUCCUCUCUGCAACAUAUUUCGGCUUCAUAUCGAAACUAGAUGUCAUCCAAUAACCCCACUGUUGUUCUUGCAGGAAAACCUGUAACCCCUGCAAUCUCACCAUGUAACACCGUGACCACAAACGCAAGUAAAAAAAACUUGCCAUGUCGGAGGACCUCGCAAGCUCCGAAGAAGAGCCGGACUUUUCCGUGUUUGAGAACAAGACGGGUCUGGCCGAGGAUAUGAAGUUCUUGGCGAGCAUGCCCGAAUUAUGCGAUGUAACCUUUCUCGUCGGAGACACACGUGAGCCAGUAUGUGCCGUGAAAGCGGUGCUGGCAGCACGUAGCAGGGUCUUCCAUAAAAUGCUGUACGGAUUCCAAGGAGUUCCGGCUCGAGACCGUGAAUCUUCGAAGAAGAGAGACUUGAACAAAGAGACAAAACUGAAGUUGUUCUUGAAAAGGAGCAGUGAGCCGAUACUGAACAUACAGUUCCCGCAACCUCAGAUGAAUACCCACCAGACAUUGAUUGUAGAAGAAUUUGAACCAGACGUGUUCAGACAACUCAUAGAAUAUAUACAUACUGGGUGCGUAACACUGCAGGCCAGAACAUUGCUGGGUUUGAUGAAUGCAGCCGAUUAUUACGGCUUGGAAGAAUUGCGAAAGGCCUGCAUGGGAUUUGUGCAGUGCUGCAUUAGCGUUGACACAGUGUGUGCCCUCUUAGCCUCGGCGGAGCGCUACAUCCAGUACAAGUGUACCAAGUCACUCGUCCAGAAAGUGCUGGAGUUUGUAGACAACCAUGGCAAUGAAGUCCUGAGUUUAGGGUCAUUUGCCCUCUUGCCAGAGCAUGUGGUGAGGCUCAUCCUCUCACGUGAGGAACUGGUAGCCGAUGAGCUCACCAAGUUUCAGGCGGCAGUGCACUGGAGCAGGCGCUACUGCGACAUCAUGCCAGAGGCCGAACUGCGCGAGGUGAUGAGUAACUUCCUCGAGUGCAUUGAAUUCUACAAGAUCCCCGCCGGCAUCAUCAUGCGUGAAGUCCAUCCCUUAGGCGUGGUCCCCGACCACCUCAUCAUGAACGCCCUGGCCUACCAGGCCGACCCUUCCAGUGUUGACGUCAACCAAAUCAGCUCGCCCAACCGCUUCCGUCGAUCUACUAUCUUUAGUGUGUCACCCAACCCUGGCAGGUCCAUGUCCAUUGCGGACCCGUCCCCCGAGAAACCCCCAGAGAGCGACAACCAGAUCAACACAGAAGUGGACAAAGCGACAAAGACUCGUGGGCGCAGCAAGAGCACUUUUUCGCGGCCCUACCGCCGCAGCAAAACCCUCGCAGAGAGCUAAUGGGUGUCUCGGGACGACGGGCGCCGAACCCUCGCACUGGGAACGGCUGCGCAGGAGAAGUAGCUUGCACUUCACUGUUUGUCUGUGCAGUCGUAGAAUCCCUUCGGGGCUGUAGUGACAUUAGACUUCCCUGUGUUGUAACCCCUGUCGCAUGGCCAUUCCGAUGAUCAUUGAGGCCAACGGGCAUUGAACACCUCGAGCACCUCGGACAAUACGCCGCUGACGCACGGUCUGGUCCAGUGCUCUUUGAGACACAAACAAAAGGCGCCUAUAGUGACCAAAAAUGUAAUGCAAGAAACUGUUUUGGAAGUUUAAUGACGGUUGAAUUGUUCAAUGUAUGUAAUUGCUAAUUUUAAUGUACAUUUUUGUACAACUAUGCAUGGCGUUAAGAGUAGAAAGGUAAAUUUGUGAACACAGCCACAUGUAAUAGCUAUUAUCCUGAAGUUUCAUGACCUUUCAUUAAAUUUGUUACAGUUUUCCUUUGCACUUUUGUUCAGUGCUUAACUGUUCACUAGGAACGAGGCUGCCAGCAACACUUUUCGAGGGCCCUUCACUGUCUUAAUGGCAUGUCAUGAACUUCUUUAUAGAGUCUAGAAGCAUCAGAGACAAUGGUAAUUGAAAAUGGCUGUGUAGCAGCUGCAAAUCAUCAUUUGGUUCAAUCAUCAUUCAUCCCAGUGACCAUUGAAAUGCCUGUAUGACAGCUGUUGUAUAUCCUAAUGCAUUAUGGCAAGAGUUGAUCUCACUGUAGGUUGUUGCUGUAUAGAGAACCAUUGAAAAUGCAAAUAUUAGUGUAUUUUGAAGCCCCAAGGCAAAGAAAAUUAUGUCUUUCUUCCUUGUGUUAAUAUAGUACGUGCUUCUGAAAAUGGCGGUGUUUGUCAUUGUGCAGGAUAUUAUUUUCAUAUGAGUGUUGCGUGUGGAGUCGCAUCUCCCUGUAUAGGUUUCCCAGUAGAACUCACAAAGUUUGUCCCCACUGGGUCUACAUGUGAUAGAUGCCAGGACAUGAAAUUUAUCCACAAAUUUCAGUUGGCAAUUACAUCCAAGCAUGCUGCAGUUCCAAGUAUAAAAGAACUGAGGUUAGCAUGCCAUUGGAGUGGGCGAGAACACAUUAGAGAACCUACCUUGGACAUUUGUGAGAAACUGAUCGAUAGAGCUUCAUGCUAACUAGUAAGGGUCGUAUCCUUGUAUCUUACUCGAUUUGUUGCAUAAUAUGGGAGUUAUAAUUGGAAAGGACUUCUCUUCGAUACCCCAGAGAUGAAACAUGUACAGACCCAUAUGGCUUUACAUGCGGAGCACAUAGUCCUGCUAGAGGAGCGCUAUUUUGUAUGUUGCGUGAUAGCAUAGGAGACCCUUGCACCGAGAAAGAUAAGAGAAACUACUUCAACCAAAUCAGAUUAAAGCACGUUAUAGAGUAAUCCACACGUGAAGUCAUGAUCUGACUUGUGGUACAGAAAGGGUUACCGGUAAUACAACAUUAGAAGCUCCACAAAUCAAUGCUGGUCUGGUGAUCAGUCACUUUGUAUACACCCUACAAUGUUCAGCGUAUCGUCAGAGCAUUAUACGAGCGUUAUAAUCAAAAAUAUUUUUAUAAUAGCAAAUUUCACAUCAUAAUUAUCAUGUUAAAGUUCCCCAUUCUGGCAACAGUAAAGCAAGGAAUUAGGGUACUUGUUCAUAUGCAACAUUCAAAGUUGGUGGAUUGCUUCACUUUAUCGCAUUUCCUUGUUAUUGUUGCAUGAUAUGCACAUUGUUUCAUGUUUGACACACUGUCAGAUCCCACACUGUACUUGUAAGUUUGUUAUGUCCCACAUGAUGUACUUUGUCAGUACCUGCUGUAAAGCCACAACUGUCAUAAACAUCUGCUUAAAAUGGGAAGUUUGUUGGCUGUUUCCACAUUGGGCAAUUUAUAUGAAAAAAAAAAAUUCAAAAGAGAACACCUCUCUUUGUGACCAGGAACCAAGUGUGUCUUUUUUUUUUUUUAGUGUAGUCAGAUUAAAUCGCAUUUUAUUGCGGUUGUUAACUCGUUACUAUGUCCACAGAUUCCCACUUUCAGAAAGCAUAAUAUGACAGUUGCGACUGCACCUGUUCAACAGAAUGUGUUAGGUACCCACUGCCCUUUGAAUGUUCAUAAUGUCCUGUUCUAUAUAAGAUGAACACACAAGUAGCACUAUGCAUGUUGAGAUUCAUCAUGCUCACCCAGCAUGCAGUGAGACAAACCACUGUGCAAACAUUUGUGUUGUUCGUUACCUGGAAUACAUGUUGCUGUGAUACGUUUUUAAGAGUGUAUUUUUGUAAUGUGAGUGAAAUAAAAGGAAUUCGACCAAA